ACACACACGUGCACGCGCCUCAGCUCACGCGCACAGUGCUGCAGGUAGUAGCCCCUCCCCCUCCAUUCUGCCGUUUUAAACACAAUAACCGCCGCUUCUCCGGUGCUGCGGACAAACUGGCUUCAGGACACCGACGGCUUCUGCUUCUCCUCCUCCGGUGUUCAGGUCUCAGGAGGCUGUUUUUAAUGACAGUAAAACAACCUGUAGGUCUGGUUCUGUGCAGCUGAUGAACUCCUGACUGUAAAUGAAUGAACCUCCAUCAGACUGAUGCGUCACUUCACUCCGGGGAAGUUUUGCUGGAAGUGAGGAGAGGAAUCUGGAGCUCUCUGCAGAGAGGAGUUGUCUGUCCUGAGCGCCUGCAGAGCCGCUGACCUCUGACCUCUGACCUCCGACCCGCCGGCUGGUCUGUGUUGAGUCUGGAGGACGAGGUGGUCACGACUCAGCUGCACGUGUCUGCGUCUGAAAGGAGGCGAAAGUUCGUCUCUCUCACCUGCGGGAUCGUAGGACGUUUACGGGAGCUGAUCAGUUUACGUCCGGUCGGGUUUCCUCCGUCGUCUCUCAGAGUCUGGAAUAUAAAACACGAUUCCUGGGAGAAAUAAAACCUUUCAAAGUAAAAGGAUCCUUCAGUACUGAACCUGUGGAAUGUAAAAAGGAGAAAAGAAGACACAGAAUAUUUCUAACUCCCUGGGACACAAAUUUCCUGGAUAUUCUUGGAUUUGAAUUAAAAACAGACUCUGGAGAGACGUAAUAUAUAUUUAAUUCUUCGCUCUUGGAAUUUAUCUGUUUUCUUGGACUUAAUUUAAAAGUUUCUUGCUCUGUCCGUCCCACUUCUCGUCGUCCACUCAGCUGGAAGAAAAAAUGGCUCCUUCGAUACGAGAACGGACGACAGGAAGCUGAUCCCUGCGAGGGAGCGAGGUCGAGACACGGACACAGAGAGAGAGAGAGAGAGAGAGAGAGGAACUAUAAUGUCGUGGAAGAGGAACUACUUUGCGUCGGGCAGCGGAGGAAGCGACGUCGCGGCAGGCGGAGUCGGAGGAGGAGGUGGUGGGAUGCCGGGAAUGUUGACGCCUCGCACCAUGACGUCCAUCGCUCCCAGUAAAGGGCUGAGCAACGAGCCGGGACAGAACAGCUGCUUCCUGAACAGCGCCCUGCAGGUCCUGUGGCACCUCGAUAUCUUCCGUCGAAGUUUCCGUCAGCUGACGACUCACAAGUGCAUGGAGGACUCGUGCAUCUUCUGCGCUCUGAAGAGUAUCUUCGCUCAGUUUCAGUACAGCAGCGAGAAAGUUUUACCGUCCGACGCUCUUCGCAGCGCGCUCGCCAAAACCUUCCAGGACGAGCAGCGGUUUCAGCUCGGCAUCAUGGACGACGCCGCAGAGUGCUUCGAAAACAUCCUGAUGAGGAUUCACUUCCACAUCGCAGACGAGACCAAAGAAGACAUCUGCACGGCCAGACACUGCAUCCCCCACCAGAAGUUCGCCAUGACGCUCUUUGAACAGUGUGUGUGCAGCAGCUGUGGAGCAUCUUCAGACCCUCUGCCCUUCAUUCAGAUGGUCCACUACAUCUCCACCACCUCCCUGUGUAACCAGGCUGUGAAGAUGUUGGAGACGAGAGAAAAGGCGACUCCCGGCAUGUUUGGGGAGCUGCUGCGAAACGCCAGCAUGGGAGACCUUCGCAGCUGUCCUAGUCAGUGUGGUCAGCAGCUCAGGAUGGCUCGCGUCCUCCUCAACAGUCCGGAGAUCAUUACCAUCGGUCUGGUUUGGGACUCUGACCACUCAGACCUUGCAGAAGACGUCAUACACACCCUGGGAACCUGCCUGCGCCUGGGGGAUUUGUUUUACAGGGUGACGGAGGAGAAGGCUCGUCAGUCGGAGCUCUACCUGGUCGGCAUGGUGUGUUACUACGGGAAACAUUAUUCCACCUUCUUCUUCCAGACAAAGAUCCGACGAUGGAUGUACUUUGACGAUGCACAUGUCAAGGAGAUCGGUCCCAAGUGGAAGGACGUGGUUUCGCGCUGUAUCAAGGGCCACUACCAGCCUCUGCUGCUGCUGUACGCCGACCCGCGGGGCACGCCGGUGUCAGCGCAGGACCUGCCCCCGCGCCUCGACCUCCACCACCUCAACAAGGCCUGUUACGACAGCGAAGACUCGGGCCGUGAGCCGUCAAUCUCCAGCGACACUCGCACUGAUUCGUCGACGGAGAGCUACUCGUACCGACAGCCCUCCCACUCGCACCAUGAGUCCCUGGCCAGUCACUACUCCUCUGACUCCCAGGGAACCGUCAUCUGCAUCGAACACCCCGACAGACCCCUGCACGCCUCGCUCUGCAGCCUGGAUACCGUAGGCCACGUGACGGACGCUGAGCAGCACCAGUCUCUGAGGAGGGGAGGCGGGGCCAGGGAUAGGAGGCGGAGCUCUAGCCGCCUCCGGCGAUCUAAAGCCGACAACGAAGCCUCGUCGGCCGGUUACCACAGCGAGGGAGAGACGUUAAAGGAGCAGCAGGUUCCUCGUCAACUCCCCAAACCUUCCUCCUCCUUCUCCUCUUCAACCAGCCGCCUCCGUGACUUCAAGGAAACCAUGAGCAACAUCAUCCACAGCCGAGCCCUCUCCUCCUCCUCCUCCUCCUCUUUACCGGCUGCCGUCCUCUCCUCUGAAAUCACCUCCUCCUCCUCUUCCUCCUCUAACAACCACCAUCACCCAGCCGCCGCCGCCGCCGCUGCUGCUGCUGCCUCCUCCUCCUCCAGUAAACCCCACGACUGGGAGGCCGACAGCACCAGCAGCGAGUCCAAAUCCAGCUCCUCAGGAGGGACAGGAGGGAGGUACCGGCCGGCGUGGAGACCGCGGAGGGAGGUGCUCAACAUCGACAGCAUCUUCUCCCGCGAGAGGCGCAGGCAGGCCGGCUACAGCCCCCUCGAAGCCUCCCUGCCCGACGACUGCGGAGCUCCACCUGCAGAGGGAGCAGACGCCUCCUCCUCCUCAGCAGCCCAGGAGGAGGCGACGUCUGUCAGGCAGGGCUCCUCCUGGACUCUCCCCACCUCCAGCCACAGAGCAGGUGGACUUAGAACAGGAGGCGCGGACCUACCUCCUCCCCCUCCUCCUCCUCCCCGGCUGAUCCAGAGGAUGGAGAGCGGCUACGAGAGCAGCGAGAGGAACAGCAGCAGCCCCGUCAGCCUGGACCUGAACCUCAACCUCAACCUGAACCUGGGAGACAGGGAGUGUGUUGCGAAGAAGCCUUCGUCCUCCUCCUCCUCUUCCUCAGGCCCAUCAUGGAGGAACAUCAGGUCGAAGAGCAGCGGAGCUCUGCUGCAGGAGAUCAACUCGUCCUGUAGGGGGAGCCUCGGUACGACACAUCUGUCCGUCUGUGACUCUGCUUAUGAUCAGAGCUGUUUCAGUCCUGCAGCACCCCCCGCAGGCCGCAGCGAGCUGGACGAGCUGCAGGAGGAGGUGCUGAGGAGAGCGAGGGAGGAGGAGCAGCAGCGGCGGCAGGAGAAGGAGAGAGAGGCGGCACUUGGCUUCAACCCCCGACCCAGCAAGUACAUGGACCUGGACCAGCUGCAGAUCCAAGGUAAAGGUGACAGUUUCGAGCGGUGUGUGUCAGAGGCGGAGCUCCUGCUGGACCAAUCGGUGCGUCUGGAGCAGGCGGGCGAGGUCGCCGCAGCGCUGUCGGCGGUCAACGAAGCAGUCUCUAAACUGCGGCCGGCGGCGGCUGAGGGCGGAGCCAGUAGUCACAGCCGGCUGCAGCGCUGCAUGAGGAGAGCCCGCAGCCUGCAGCAACGCAUGCAACUGCAGCAGCAGCAGGACUCCGAGGCAGGCAGCUCGCAACCAGAGCUACAGCAGGAGGAGGGGCAACAGCUCCCGGAACAGCCCAGUGAAAAGCCUCUCUCGCUCCCAGUACUUCUGACGGACAGACUCGGCGACCAAUCAGCCGCCAGGCAGGACCAGCAGGACCCGCCUCUUUCUCCCUGCCAUGUUAAGCCCCACCCUCCCAAAACAAGCUCAGCGUCUGACUCCGCCUCCCACGCCGCGGCCCCUACAGGUUCACCUGGGGAGGACAGCAGGGUCCGGGGCCCCUGCUCUCGCAUCGGGAAACCCCUCGCCAACGCCAGGUCCCUCCCUGCUCUGUGUGUGGACACCUGGGAGCAAAGCCCCUUGGAAGACAUGGCUCCACCUCCUCCACCUGAGGAGGCGGAGCUCCAUACCCAGUGGACCAGAACAUCAUCACAGGCCCCGCCCCCAUCCACAUCGUACUCCAGAACCCCGUCUCCUGUCGACAGGUGUCACCUGAUGGAGGUGGAGUCAUAUUACGCCAGACACCCACAGACCACGCCCCCUGUAUCUAGCUCCACCCCCAGGGUCGCCCCGUCCCCUCCCACCUACCCAACCAGGAACUGGUCUUGUUUACACCCGGACCCACCUGAUGCUGUUGAUUCUCCCGUCGACCCACCAAUCAGCUCGCCGCUUUACCCCCCUCCGGACUCCACCUCCGACCUGCCAGCUGCGAGCCGGCCGGGUCGCACCGCCUCGCCGCCCCCCAGCCAGGACUACAGAGCGGCCCUGCCUGUGGAGCGCUGGGCGGAGAACGUCAACAGAUACUACGGCUCCCAGAAUGCAACAGGAGGAGGGGCGGAGCACGGCGAGGAGCUGUCGGAGCUGGACUCUCUGUAUCAGGCCAGUCUGCUGGCUCCCAGCAUGCACCGGGGCAGCCGCGGAGUCAGCCCUCAGCCAACCAGCAACAAAGCAGGUGUAGGUGUGAGGAGAAUGCUGUCAGGAUCUGGACGGUCCAAAACCCCGACGGCGGAGAUAGAGAGACACGCCUACAGAACACCUGUCACACCGCUGCAUAAGCCGUCAGGUGAAGACGAGAGCUACAGCGCAGAAAACCUGCGACGCAUCGCCCGUAGUCUGAGUGGAACCGUCAUCGGGUCUCGAGCCCAAAACCUCGGCCCCUCCCACAGCUGUGACCCCUCUGUAUCCAGGCCCCCCCUCAGACACUCCGACCUUCGCUCCUCGUUCUCCACCCUCCCCCGUCGCCCCAGCACCUCCUCCCUGCACCUCCCCUCUGCCUCCUCCACCUCCUUCACCACAGAUCACUCCCACCACCACCUCCUCCUCCUCCAACAACACCACCACCACCAACCCCGUCACCACGGCCCCUCAGCUCCUGCACCUCCUCCACAGCACCCUCCCCCGCAGACAUCACGGCCCCCCAGCUCGGGCCCCUCCUCCUGGGGACACUCAGGAGCGGGUGUCCAGCAGCAGUUUCUGGUUGUGUCUGACAGGCAUCAGAGUGCGUCAGGAGGUGAAGGCCUCCACAGCGUCGCGAUGAAUUACGGCACUCUGCCUCGGGCUCCCCGCAGAGCUCCACAUCCCUCCUCCUUCUCCUCCACCUCCUCCCUCCCCAGGCCCAGAGCCGGCUCCUCCCCCGCCCCCCCGCCGGCACCGCCACAGAGUCUCUACGCCACCCUGACGCACCCCCGCCGCCCCGCCGCCACUAACAGUCACUACCGCCAACCGUCGCUGCCCAGUAAAGUCAACGGCGCCGCUCACCUGCCGCCGUCCCGCCACCCUGCCCCCCCCCUCAGGGUGCCGGGGGAAAGCCCCGCCCAGCCGCUCCGCCUGGACGUGCCCCCUGAGAGCGACUGGCGGCGCGACGCCGACUACAGGACUGUCAGCUCCACCUGGGACCUCCGCUCCACCCGCCACCACCAGUCCCUCCAGAGGACCGACUCCCACCAGCCCCCCCUCGCCCGGCAACGCAGGUCCCCCCAGCUCUGCUCGCUGUGCCAGCAGCUUCCUGCGCAGCCGUCACGCCCGUACUGCCCAUCCUGUGGCGCCUACGUGGCUCGAUUCCGCCCCGCCAGCUGAUCGAGCCCGAGGCUCGCCACCGGGACCCCCCCCCACCCAACAGAAGAGUUUUAAUCACAUGUCCAUCAGGACAAAUCAGAUCUUCAGUGAAGAUUCAGUCAGUUUAUUAUUUUCUAUUUAAAAUGUGCCAACACGUCGCCGCCCACAGCGUCACCUGCUGCAGGUGUCGGUGGAUCUCUGCUCUCUGAUUGGUCUGAUUGGUCUCCUGUUCUGCAGCAUCAUGUGGGGAAGAAAUCCGCCACUUUAACAGUUUCCUGCUUCACUACAAACCUGUCUGUUCCUCCUCAGUCUGGACGCUCACACGGCCGCAAAAACCAACACCGACAGAUUUCUUACACACAGAUUCGAGCGUCUGCUGGAUUUAAGCACAUUUCAAUUUGUAAUGUAUGACGUAUGACGACAGGAAGCCGGCAGAUAAUCGAUGGACGACGGACAGACGUGAAGCAGAGCGAUCGGAUCAUCAGACGCCGCUGCAGCGCGGAGCUCUGAGAACCUGCUGAGAGUUAAAGUCACAUCAACAGUCACUCAACAAGUAUGAAACUCCAGUUAUUCUUCUCUCCACGCCGGUCGGAUUUACCAACGUUUAAACACGUCUUUAAUCAACGGAAGAGCAGAGUCGUAUCACUGAAACAUUAAAGGUUAUAUUGUUUUCUAUAUAAAUAUAAUAUAAACUGAUCCAACCACGUUAGAUCUGCUCUCACAGACACAGAAACCAAACUUUUACCAAAAAGUCAGUUUGUUCAAACUCAGAAUAAAAGUCAUUUCAAGAUAAAAGAUUAAAAUCGAAUCAUGACGCUGAAGUCGACUCACGUUUCUGUCACUUCAACUUUCACGUGAAGCUCAAAUUACGACCGAAUCACAUCAAAAACUACGAGCAGCAGCAACUUCCUGCUUCUGACGGGUCAAAGUUCAAGUCAGGUCACUCAA